CUACGAGCACAUGUUUUUAUGUUUUCAUCGGUCAAUCUGAGAUUUCAUUCAAAUUUGUUGAUAUCUCGAUUAGUGCUUGAAGUGUAGUGAAGAUCCUCGAGAUAAUUUCUAUAACUCGCUUCAAAUGAAGACAAAUCAAGGAAAACCCGGUGGGAGCGGUGGCAAGUCUCCGAAAGGAAAGAACAAUGGCUUCUUUCGUAAGAAUCAAAAACCGGGCCAAAACGGUGGUCGUGGCAUCGAAGGUGGACCAAACAGGCCAUCAUUCAAGCCUGGAGGGGGCCCCGGUGGCAAAAAACCUUUCAACAAGAACAGAUCAAAUGGCGGCCGACAGUUCAAUAAUAAGCCCGGUGGAAACAGACCGCCAUUCAACAACAAUAGGCCAGAAGGUGGCCCUCCCGGUGUAAAUAAACCUUUCAACAAAAGCAGGCCUGAUGGAGGGCGACCAUUCAAUAACAAGGACGGUGGAAAUAGGCCAUUCAACAACAAAGGGCCGGGAGGUAGCCGCCCCGGUGGCAACAAACCAUUUAAUAAGUAUCAACGUGGGGGAGAUCGGACGUUCGGUGGGAACAAAUUCCACGGUAACAAACAAGGAGCACCGGCGAGGGCUGAGAACCACGAUCAAAAGCCAGGAAACAAUCAGAAUUUGGACGCCGUAUUUUCAUCGAAGCCGGAAAAGUUGAAUUACUGUCUUGCACCGGAACGUUUGGAGGCGCAGGCACGAGCUUUGAAGCGGUUUGAAAACCAGGACAAGGAAGCCGAACAGCAGCAACGACAGAGCGAGAAAGACCGUCGUCACAAACUGAUGACGAUGAAGACGAAGAAAGGACAACCUGUGAUGCAGGGCCGUAUGGAACUGCUCUACGAGAAAGUUCAAAAGAUGGUUGGUAGCGGUCAAGGAUAGGAGAUAUGUGAUUCAAGUAAUAGCACUUAGUUUGAGUAUUUAUAUCAUAUUAAUACUUUAUUUACCUAAUAUUAGAGCAGUCAAGUGGGCUGCCUCUUCGUUUAUUGGAAUAUUUGAAAUGCAAUAGCUUUGUUUCUGUUGUCAUUUGGACAAAAAUAAAACAUUUUGUUUUGAGUAGUAAAA